AACUAAACGAGCAUCAACUUCUUCGCUCUUUGAGUCUGUUACCCCGCGACUCCAGUUUCACCUCUCUAACGCCGACCCAGACACAAAAUCUCAAAGGCUAUGGUGCAUUGGGUUCAACCAAGCACGACCGUGAAUCGGGCGGUAAUGACCCCCAUACUCGGAAUAGGUCAGCUCUUGACUAUCACGCGUUUGGUGGUGAGGUAUCGUUCGAAGCGUAUGUGGCUGGAUGAUGCAUGGGCGGCCUUGGCCUUGGUAUGCUCCUUCAUGCUUCUCACUGCAAUGUGGAUAAGAACCGACAUGCCUGGAGUCGGGCCUUUGAAUCAGCCUCGGGAAGUUAGGAUAGUUGCUUAUUGGAUGGGGGCAUUGAGUUUCACUAAUACUCUUUGGGCUUCACGGAUGAGCAUCAUAUUCUCCGUGAUACGACUAAUACCCCCGAUGAUGAGAUUACGAAGGAUAUCCAACAUUUCUGCUGUGCUUUUCAUCCUCAUGUGGAUCGGUUUACUCAUCCAGAAGACGUACAUUUGCGCCUCUAACAAGUAUUGGUAUCAGCGCGCUGAUCCCAUGUGUCGCUUGGGACAUGGGGUGGCUACCAAUGAAAUUAUCACCGAUUCCAUAUCCGAUAUUCUGCUGGCCGUGAUACCAAUACGUCUGCUGCAUGGCGUUAGUUUACAGAGUGAUCAACGAAAAAUGCUGUAUAUCAUAUUUGGUUCAAGUCUCCUCAUCACCCUCGUCUCUGCAGUCCAUGCCAUAUUCGUUUUCGGGCCAUCUGGACGCCUUGAAGCAAUUACAGCCCAGGCUCAGGCUGCCACUGCUAUCAUAGUCGCCGACGUGGGCGUUCUCGGAUCCCUUGCCUAUCGUCGUAUUCGUAAAGGGCUCCGAGACUUCGACUCAAAACCGUACAGCUACGAAUUCAGCCUUCACACCAAUACAUCGAUCCAUAUGCACCGAGUCCUUCAAGGGACCGCUCGUUCGACCCAACCGCAAUUCGCCCGCGACCCCGAGCUUUAUAGCUGCAUUAAUGAAGGUGACCGCGGUGAUUGCAACUCGAGCGCUGAACGUACACGGUUCCCGUCAACUCAAGUGAAGACGUUGGAUCUGAAGGAAAUUAGCUCUACACCCGAUUUGGACGAUAUCGCCAUGGCGAAGCAACUCACCACAAACCAAACGUCGGGUACUAUAUAG